AAGGCUAGGGUUUGAGGGCAGGGAGGGUGUGCGAGAGAGAGGAGCGACGAGGGCGGCGGCAGAAGUACCGGGGAGAGAGAGGAAGCUGCUUGCCGCGACCGGACAAUAUGGGUAUCUCGCGGGACUCCAUGCACAAGAGGCGGGCCACCGGAGGGAAGAAGAAGGCGUGGCGGAAGAAGAGAAAGUAUGAGUUGGGAAGGCAACCAGCUAAUACCAAACUUUCGAGCAACAAGACUGUGAGGAGGGUUCGAGUUCGAGGAGGCAACGUGAAGUGGAGGGCCCUCCGCUUGGAUCAUGGGAACUACUCAUGGGGGAGUGAGGCAGUGACACGCAAGACCCGUAUCCUUGAUGUGGUCUACAACGCUUCAAACAACGAGCUUGUGAGGACACAGACCCUUGUGAAGAGUGCCAUCAUUCAGGUUGAUGCUGCCCCAUUCAAGCAGUGGUAUCUCCAGCACUAUGGUGUUGAGAUUGGCAGGAAGAAGAAAGCCCCUGCUGUUAAGAAGGAAGCAACUGAGGGACAGGAGGCUGAACCUGCUACAGAGGAAGCAAAUAAGAGUAAUCAUGUCACCAGGAAGCUGGAGAAGCGUCAGCAGGGUCGCAAACUCGAUGCCCACAUCGAGGAGCAAUUUAGCAGUGGAAGGUUGUUGGCUUGUAUCUCCUCCCGCCCUGGUCAGUGUGGCCGAGCAGAUGGAUACGUAUUGGAAGGAAAAGAGCUGGAAUUCUACAUGAAGAAGAUCCAGAGGAAGAAGGGCAAAGGAGCAGGAGGUGCAGCUUAAGUAAUGCUUCGGUCAUUUCUUCAGUUAGUUCCGAAUGAGAACCUGUGCAAUUGCUUUGCAUCAGCUUAAGGAACCUUGUUAGUUUCAUCUUCAAGUGAACCUUAUUUAAUGCUCGCUCAUUCAAGGCUUCUUAAUACUUUUGUAGCUACCAUAAAUUAUCUUUGUUUCCAUCAUGUUUAAUCCGUGUGGACAAUUUGUUCUUGGUA